GCAAGGAUCUUGGGGGGGAGAGAAAACCCAGCCUCCUUUCCCUCCCAUUUCUCUCUUCCCCCUUUUUUUCUCUCCUUCCUUCCUUCCUUCUUUCAAUUGGGCUUUUAGGUUUUCUUCUCCUUCAUCCUUUUCCCACCCCUCCCUCUGUCCCCCCCAUAUUUGCUUUCCAUUCCCUCCCCCCUCCCCAUGUGAGAUCACCUAUUGUUGCAAUCUCUGUCUCUCCCCCCCCCCCAUUCCUUCUCGCCAGUUUUUGCAUGAGCCCCCUUUGCUAUCUGCCCUCUCCCUGCAUUAUUGGUUUUAUUUGCUCACCCUGCUUUUUCCCAGGGCAAUGCCAGAAGAUGCCAGGCAGUGACACCCAGGUAGCCUCUAGCCGAGCGGCUGCACAUCCUCUGAAGGAUGCAGGGCCCCCGAUGUGCCGGCUACCAUUGUUCUCCGCGUCUCCUGCUCCAUCCCAUCAUUUCUGGUGACUGAAGCCCACCGUGAUUCUCCUUUUCCUCGCUUUGGUGGGUGGCUGUUCCCCCCCCCUCUCCCCACCAGCCCCACACCUGCGCCUCGAUCCUUGAUCCGAACCCUCUCUCCGCCUCCCUCCCCGCCUUCCCCCCAUCCAUGAUUCCAGACUCCCCCUAAGAUGCUAAGGCCAGGCCCCUUCCUCCUCCUGGCUGCGUCCAUGUCGUAUUUCAACCCGGAGAAAGCUUUGGCAGCGCCUUCGGAAAACGAUGGUCUAUCUCAAGGCCGGAGCCCGCUGGCCCCUCCGUACGCUGUGGUCCUGAUCUCUUGCUCCGGUUUGCUGGCGUUUAUCUUCCUCCUCCUCACCUGCCUAUGCUGUAAGCGAGGGGAUGUGGGCUUCAAGGAGUUCGAGAACCCUGAUGGAGAGGAAUAUUCUGGAGAGUACACACCACCUGCGGAGGAGACCUCUUCCUCUCAGUCUAUCCCAGAUGUCUAUAUUUUGCCGCUGUCUGAGGUCUCACUCCCAUCUUUCAACCAACAGAUGCCCAAGACUGAUCUGGUGAAACACCUGGGGCUCAGCAGACAACACCUCAGUUACCUGCAGGAGAUUGGAAAUGGCUGGUUUGGAAAGGUUAUUCUGGGUGAAAUAUUCUCAGAUUUCACCCCUGCGCAGGUGGUAGUAAAAGAAUUACGGGUGAACGCAGGACCGUUGGAGCAGAGGAAAUUCUUAUCAGAGGCCCAGCCAUAUCGCCUCCAACAUCCAAACAUUCUGCAAUGCCUCGGUCUGUGUACGGAGACUAUCCCCUUCUUGCUUAUCAUGGAAUUCUGUCAGUUGGGAGAUCUCAAACGCUACCUUCGAGCGCAGCGCAAAGCGGAUGGGAUGACCCCUGACCUGCUCACCCGUGAUAUCAGCACACUACAGCGCAUGGCCUAUGAGAUUACGCUGGGAGUGCUGCACCUGCAUAAAAACAACUACAUCCACAGCGAUCUGGCACUUCGAAACUGCUUGCUGACCUCAGACCUUACAGUGCGGGUUGGUGACUACGGCCUCUCACACAACAACUACAAGGAAGACUAUUACAUCACGCCCGACCGGCUCUGGAUCCCUCUGCGCUGGGUCGCCCCGGAGCUGCUGGAUGAGCUGCAUGACAACCUCAUUGUGGUGGAUCAAACCAAGGAGAGCAAUGUCUGGUCGAUGGGGGUGACCAUCUGGGAGCUUUUUGAGUUUGGUUCCCAGCCUUACAGGCACCUCUCUGAUGAGGAGGUGUUGACUUUUGUCAUCAAAGAGCAGCAGAUGAAGCUAGCCAAGCCACGCCUUAAGCUUCCCUACUCGGACUACUGGUAUGAGGUGAUGCAAUCUUGCUGGCUCCCAGCUUCCCAUCGCCCGACUAUGGAAGAGCUGCACCUGCAGGUGAGCUACCUGUUGAACGAGCGCUCCAACGCUCAGGCAGAGGAGAGCUUUGAGUGGCGUUGGAGUGCCCUGAAACCCAAGCGCUCCUCCUCGCCGCCGCCUGCCUCCUCUUCCUCUGCACGCCAUCGGCGUCCGUCAGAAGAGAUCUCAGCCUACCCACUACUAGACGGGUUCAACGGCGCUGACAUGGAUGACAUCCUAACAGUGACGGAAAGCAGCGGGGGCCUGAACUUUGAAUACAUGUGGGAGAAGGCCCGCCUGGGAAGAUGGAAAGGGCCUGCCUCGGCACCGCCGGAGUACCCCUCCAGCAAUGGUGGGUUAGCGGUACCAGGGAGCAAUCCGUUCUAUGAACAAACAUCACAGCGCGGGCACAGCCUAGAGACUCCCAGUGUGGUGCCCGUGAUCAGCGCCCGCAGCCCCUCAGUCAGCAGUGAAUAUUACAUUCGCCUGGAAGACCAUGGUGGUGGUGAGGGACCCGUCUGCACCCCCAGCCCCGGCUCCCCUCCCCAGUCCCUCUUUCCUUCAGACUGGGACUGCCACGGCGCCCCCUAUCGGCCACAGGAGCAGUCCAAUACGAACCCCUUCUUGGCUGGCAGUGGUGCCGACAGCAACCCGUUCCGGGUGGAUGGUGAGAUCCAAGAGACGUCACUAACAGAGACGCCGACUGCUGGAGGUGACACGUUCCUAGCGGAGUCCCUCCUCACUGUGUAUCGAGAACUGGAGGACCAACAGCGUAGCUGGGAUGCUGAAAUGAUGGAAGAUCGAGGGGCAGGGGAGACACUGGCUGGGGAUCCAUCAGAGUUCCAGGGAUCACCCUCGUGGGAGCAGGAACCUUCGCUGAUGGAGGACCAAAGCUCCGGCAGCAGCACUGACGAUGGCGGGAGCAGCGUUGGGGGUGGGCGCCGUAACCUCUUGCCAUGUCCGCUGUGCAGCCGGGUGUGUUGCACAUGUGCCGUUCCUCGGGGAGAUGUGGUGAGUGGUUGGAGCAACCAUGGCCCGCCCCUACAGCUCCCUCAUCGUGACAGCUAUGGCAAUGAGGAUGACUCCUCACUGAAAGUGGAGCGAGGCUCGCUCUCGGACUGUCCCAUGCUGCCCCCUAGAGAUGGCGAUGGUGAUGGCGGAGAACGCAGUGAAUUCUAUGACCCGCUUAUGGGUGCUGCUGUGAAGACAUAUGAACUCCAGGACUACCCAAAACAGAGAGGCGGAGGAAGUGCCCGUCCACCAGGAUCGCCCUUCCCGGCUAUGUCCUCUGGAUGUUGCAAUGUGAUUGUUCCCAUCGAAAUACCACCAUUGUCUACUCUGGCAGAGACCAAUGACGAGGAAACUAUUGCUAUUCUCCCAGAAGCCAUUGAUGGAUUCUCUGUUGGUCCUCCAACCCUUAGCCUCUCUCCAGCAGCACCAGAGCGGCAAAGGGGAACCCUAGACUCAGUGGAUUCCUUGGAUAUUCCUUCAAACACCAGCUCCUCAGAUGUCUGCAGUCCAGCAUCUCAUUACUCCUCUCCAGGGCAAAAAUUUGGUGAUAGCGGUUAUGAAACAGAAAGCACCUUCUCCCCAGAGUUCAUAUUCAAAGAGGAGCCGCCCCCACCAACUCCUGGAGAGGAGGAAGAAAUAGACCUGGAAGGUUCAGACAAGCUUCCAGCAACUCCAAUCUCCCAAUCCACCAGUGACCUUACCCUGUCUGUGAGUGAGGAAGGUGUGGAGCUCGAGGAAGAGGUAGGGAGGCGCUUAGGACUAGCAACACCUCACCGAGACUCGGCCUACUUCUCUGAUGGUGAGGCAGAGCCCAGUGUGGCGCCAGCUGCUGGACACAAGGAGGAUGACCCCACCGAGAAGACCAUUGUGGAUGGAGGGUUUGUGGUACAGGUGUGCAAGGAACAACUGUUGGUCACGUUGCAAGAGAAUGUCACUCGCAACCUGCUCUCCGGUCAGGGAAUACCAACCUCAGCAUCUUCUCCCAUGGCCCCAUUGAAAGAUCAGGCCAUUAUCAAGCUGUGGUCAAUGGAGCCAGAGGAGGGGCAGGAGACAGACGUGGAGGAGGAAGUCAAGGAAAGCCCCAACGAAGACUCCAUGGAGUUUCAACACCUGGAGAGCGUGGAGAAUAAUGUGAAGGAGGAAGAAGAGCGGCAGGAGCAUCAGCAAUCAGCGGGAAGCCAAGAACCUGAAGAGGUGCAACCAGAUUGGGAGGAAGAGCAAGAGAAAGAAGGGGAGGAGCUAGUCCAGAUGGGUCCCCCCAGUGUGACUGUGUCUGAUAUGGAAGACGUUCAGGAUGCACAAGAAGACCAUUACAGGGUGGCUGAACCCCCCAGAAAGGAGCAGGAAGCUGUUGUCCCAGUAACCCAAGCUGGAGAAGAUAUCAAAGCCAAGCUGUCUAGGUUGUCUCUCUCUCUUCCCCCUCUGGCCUUGCAGACAUUCCCUCCGCCUGGUGGGGGCCGGAAAGGGCCAUUUUGGGAAGGGGCUGCUUUGGGGGAGGGACCAACUUUGGGAGGGAGAGAGGCUGCUGUAGCAGCCGAAGAGGAGGAGGAAGAAGACGCUGACGAGGAAGAGGAAGGAGGAUUGGCAGGGGGCGUAGGGAGGACCGUCCCGAUUGUGGUGAGCGAAAGUGACGACGCCCGUAAUCUGCGCGGCCUCCUCAAGUCACCCCGCUCGGCUGAGGAGGCGGCUGCCGAGCUUGACCGCAAGCGGAAAAUGGUCUCCUUCUUUGAUGAUGUCACUGUCUACCUCUUUGAUCAGGAGACACCCACCAAUGAGUUGAGUUCACAGGGAGCUCCAGAUGGUGAAUCCCCUUCUCCUGGCGCAAUCACCGAACCUGGACUUGAUAGCUUCCCAACAGCGGAUGGCUUCAGUGGCAGUUUUGAGUGGGAUGAUGAUUUCCCCUUGAUGGCCCAGAACCCGUCCUACGUCUCCAUGGUGUCUGACCCCAAUUCUGCCAAGACCCACACUCUCUUGUCCUCACCAGUGCCCAUGGCCCCCACAUUGUUGCCAACAGCCAAGAGGGCCGACCCCAGCAUCGUCGAUGCCCUGAGAUUUUCUCGCUUCACCGUCUCUCCUGCCCUGGAGCCACAUCUGUCUCCGGCCUGUGACACUGAAUUGGGAACCACGGCUGACCCCGUUGAGAACUGAGAUGGCGUCGGGGUGCGAUAGCUCUGCCUGUCAUUCCAACAUGCGAGGACAACGGCCAGUCAUCCAAUUGACUUGCCAGGAAACCGCACGCGCAUUCCUGUGGCAGAUGGACAGACAGAAGCAUUUGUGUGCGUGUGGUGUGCGUUUGCGUGCAUGGGGUAGGGGCUGUCAUCCCGAACUGGAGCCUGAGAUACAGAGACCAUUUGCCCUCCGCUCUCUCCGGCCCGUCGACGCGUCCCGCUUGGGGGUGGUGAGAUGCGGAACUUUUUCUACGAACAAUCGUGGGCCACCGAGUGAUGGGGGGAGGCAUCGCUUCAGUUUUAGAGGCUCUUGCCUGGCACUGGCUAUUGAAUGUAUAACCCCCUGUCCCUCCUUGCCUCCCUUCCGCUCUCUGAGUUGUCCCUUAUAAGGACCCUCUGUGCCAAAAUUGAGAGGGUAGGGAUGGGGGCGGGGAACCAAAACGCCCAGGAACCGAAACAACCAGCCCCCUCUGCGCCUCCUCGAACCUCAUCAGUGCAUCCCAGAAUGUGAAAGAGAACUGCCGAUGUAACCUUGUCUGUGCCAAAUGGAACCGAAUGGGGCUGGGGACCCUCCCCUUUUUAACCAGCAUUGUAUUUUUUAAAAAAGACUGCUGAUUUAAACUUUGGACCGAACUUCGCUGGCAAGAUGGAACAACCUCGUUGGAUCCAUUCCCCUGGAUUUAGUAGGGGAUGACUGAACUCGACCCGUCAGGUGAUAUGAUUUGUUUGGGUGGGCAUCUUUACUUGACGCCAAGCAUCGUUUUUCGGAAAUGAUAUGAAUUUGUUGGUAUCUGUUGGUAGACAGACAGGAGUGUCAUGGGAGAAUGCUGAAUGGGUCAUCUCACUUGUCCGUGGGGGGGGGGCUUACCUGGGGCAGCUGUGGUUCAUGGGAAAGCCUUGAAUUUUGUCACCCUUUGUUGGUGCGUCCUACUUGGUGAUUGACCAUUGUUCAUACUGAGAGGGGCUCGGGAGGAACGGCUUUUCACGGGGUUGACCUGUCGUAACCUUCCCAAUCCCUUCUGGGAGGCUAGCAGAGGCUUCCGGGUCAACCUUGGGUAACAGUUGGGAAAGAUGGGCCUUCCCAGAAACUGGAUCAGCUGUACUCAAAGCACAGUACAAAAGGAGGCAAGUUGUUUGGGGAAUGCUAACAGGGAGAUUAGAAACGGUCGGAAUCCUGUGCUGGUUGUUGGCUGGAGGGGAGUUAGGGUUGCCAACCUCUGAGUGGGACCUGGCGAUCUCUUGAAAUGACAACUGAUCUCCAGACUACAGAAAUCAAUAGUUCCCUGGAGACUAUGGGUGCUUUGGGGGAUAACCUCUAAGGUAUCAACCCUGACGAGGUCUCUCUCCUCCCCGAAUCCUGGCCUCCCCAGCCCCCACCCACCCCAAAUCUCCAGUUAUUUCCCAACCCGGAGUUGGCAACUCUAGCAGGAGUUCUAAGAUGAUGGGUCUGGGUCAUUCCUGGUUUCAGGGGGUGUGGAGCGCUGUGGCCAGAUUUGGAGAGGAAGAAAAAGACCAUUGGGGUAUGGAUAUAAUGUGGGUUCAUCUUGGGGAGGAGGGGCUGAUAUGUGAAUGAUCUUGCCUGACAGCAAGCAGGGGAAUAGGCCCGUUGGUCACCACCUGAUCCCUCCUCACAUCAGUUAUCUGCGGAAAAUAUUGAACAGUCUACAAAGAGCAUGUUUUUCACAAAUUCCAGAGGGGCGUCCAAGUAAGCUGGUUGCGUUAAAAAAGGAAAAAGAGAACCUUGUGGUGCCUCAAAGGCGGACGCUGGCGUAAACUUUUGCGAACUAGAGCUGACGGCAUCAGAUACACGAAAUGUUAUCCUCAGUUUCCGGAUGCAUCCCGUUGAUUUAGAGGGACAAGAUUGGCAACAGUCGCCAAAAAGCCGGCAAAAUGCAAGGCGUGCAGUUUUGCACGGAAACCUGAGAAUUUGUACAUCUAAAGAAGAGGACUCCAGUCUACAGAUUUAAUGCCACAAUAAAUCCGUUUGUCCUGAAGGUUCCACAAGGUUUCUACUUGCCUUUGCUACAUUACUGACUUGUACUGAAUCGACAAUGCAAGAGGUCGGCUUUAAAUAAGAAGGUUGAACUUAGUGUGACAAGAGGUUGUCCAUCCAGGUAGGCGGUUUAGGGUCUCUGCCCCACUCCGUUGCCUCUGAUCAACAAAAGACCAUUUGAACCUGCCAGCGUAUAGGUCAGAGAGAAAAAGGUACUCAUCUGGCAGCUUCUACUAGUAUCCCAAUACAAAUAGGAAUGUAAAUAUUACCAUGCUAGCUCAUGCCAGUGGCUAAUGAUAGUGACCAUUCAGAUGUCCCCAGCAAGGCACGAUGGGAAUAUCACCUUGUUUAUCCCUAGAUUGUGGCGGAGAGGAAAGGAAACGAGAAAGUGCAAUCCCAUUAACGUCUAUACCCGAUGCUAUACAGUGGCGUACCUAAGCAAACUGGCGCCCUGGGCAAAACCUGAGUUUGAUGCCCUCCCCAUGGGUGGAGCAGCCUGGCUGCGGCACUCACCCUUCCCAGACGGCCCCAGCAGCCCAAGUUCACCGGAGGAGGCGCUCCCUGUCCUCCUGCUCUGCCUCUGGUGGCUUGUGGGCCACCGUACAGAGCGGGCAUGGCUUGGGCAGAGUGAGCAGGGCUUAUAAAUCAGGCGCCCCCAUGUAAUGGAAAAUUUCUGCGCCUUGGGCAACUGCCCACUUUGCCCAAUGGGCGGUACGCCACUGAUGCUAUACAACUGUUUGUCCUUUGAGAGACCUGAGCCAUGGUGACCCAGUGGCCUUCUGGCCAUCUUCAGUAGUAGAGCUCACGUACAGCGGAGAACAGGCCCGCAGUUGGAGUAAGAAUAAAGGCACGUGGGGAGUCUGGGUGUCAGAAUCCCUGACACAAGGUUUCUUGAUGCCUGACUUUAGCUACUUCUGGCUCAAAGGCAUUUUGGCUAGUUGUCAUUGCAACGUUUCAUUUCCCUGGGUCCUGUAGAUUGCUUACAAGGCAUUAAGCCGCGCCACUCCGUCCCGGGUGGAAGUAAUUGUAAAGAAAGGCAAAGCUUUGGCAAUACUCACCCAAGACUUCGAGAAGUUGCCCGGCGAAGGGACUUCUCAUUGUGAAGUCACAAACAAAGCUGGGCUAGUCUUCUGUUUCCUUUUCCAAGCUGCACUUUUAGACGCCUCCAGUGGGCUGCCUGCUUCAUGCCGUGAGGAACCUUGACUGACUAGUGUGAUGCCUGUCACCUGAGGCAUUUCCCUCUCUCCCAGAGAAUGUGACCUCUGAUCCAUUAAGACCGAGUUAGGGCAGCCCUUAUGGAUUGUAUUUAAGGUUUUUGCAGAUGGAGGUGGAACUGUCAUCAACCCUUGUUCAAUGAUAAUGGUUUACACGCUAGUUUCAAAUCUCCUUUUUGGACAACAGCGAGGGACACAAGAGACUAUGAGUGUUGUGUUAUAACCCCUCUACAUAAAUGCCACGUAAAGAGAGGGGAAAUUGUGCCAAACUUUUGAUCUGCCAAAAGGAAAGAGUGGGUUUUUU